AUGAACACUAGCUGUGGAGGUCAUUUUGGAGGAGAAAGAACUGCCGCAAAGGUACUGCAAUGUGGGUUCUUCUGGCCCACUAUCUUCAAGGAUGCUAAGGAAUUGGUGAGAAGCUGCAAUGAGUACGAAAGGGCUGGCAAUCUGCCCAAGAGAAAUGAGAUGCCACAGCAAUACAUUCUAGAGCUUGAACUGUUCGAUGUAUGGGGGAUCGACUUCAUGGGACCAUUUCCACCCUCAUAUUCGAACAAGUAUAUCUUGGUGGUAGUAGACUAUGUAUCUAAGUGGGUGGAGGCCGUGGCAACCCCAACCAAUGACAACAAGGUAGUCAUAAACUUUCUUCGAAGGAAUAUCUUCACCAGAUUUGGAGUCCCACGAGCCCUCAUAAGUGAUGGAGGGAGCCAUUUCUGCAAUAGACCAUUGGAAACCCUACUCCUAAGAUAUGGGGUGAAGCAUAAGGUUGCCACACCUUAUCAUCCCCAAACAAGUGGGCAAACAGAGAUAUCUAAUCGAGAGUUGAAAAGGAUCUUGGAAAAGACUGUGGGGAUAUCAAGAAAAGACUGGGCAAAGAAGCUAGAUGAUGCUCUUUAG